GACACACUUAACGAAGAAACAGACCGAGGUAUUUCAAGAAAAAACCUUAACAACCAAUUUAACAAGGACUUCCGAAAUCGAGAAUUUUCCAGACAAGAUUCCAACAAAAUGGAUUCAAAUGACAAUCAAGACAAAUGGAACACCGAAAGUUCCGCGCCUGAAUACAACAACAACAAAAAACAGGACUCGUGGCGACAGGAUCGACCGCCCAGGCGGGAUAACAACGAGCGCGGCGGGGGGUGGAAUAAUACGAAGAGUGAAGAGUGGAAUGGCACUACGGAGGAUCGUUCCUCGCAAUGGGGGGCUAAUAAAAAUCAAGAUUCCUGGAGGAGCAGACCAAGGAGGGAUAGAGAUGAAAACAGUGGAAGUGUACCGAGUGAAGAAUGGAAUGGCACUAAACAAGAACGGUCCCCUCAGUGGGAAAAUAAAAAACAAGAUUCGUGGAGACAAGAUCGGCCUCCUAGGAGAAGAAGAGAUGAAGGUGGUGAAGAUGGGGAUGCGUCGAAGAACGAGUGGAAAAGUUCCGGUGAAGAUCGUGGCGAUUGGGGUGCUAAAAAACAAGAUUCAUGGCGACAGGAUAGACCCCCACGGCGAGAUAGAGAUGAAAGUAGAGAUGGGGGCGCCGAUAAGUUUAGAAGUGAUGGGUUUAAGAAGGAGUGGAGAAGUGGUGGUAGUGAUAGAGAUUUUACCAAGAAUAGAAGAGAGACUUCGGGGCAGGGUGGUUGGGGAGAUGAUAGUUCGGAGAAAGAUGAAGGGCGAAGUUACAGUCAAGGGAGAAAACACAAGCAGGACGGGUGGAAUGAUGGUAGUACUUCAUGGGGACAAAAGGCUCCUAAUUCAAAAGAAGGAAGUGAAAAAGGAUGGGAAGGAAAAAAACGCGAGUUCUCAAAGCCAUACAGAUCCGAUUUUGGUAGUGAGAAGAGUACGAAAAAGGUGGAGGACCCCGCAGAGAACACUGAUCUAUUCACAUACCCAGAGGUCGCAGGAAAAACCGAAGAAGUACUAAUCAGUUGGUUCCAUGAUCCAUCUAACUUCUAUUGCCAAUUAAAAGAAUCUCAGGCGGAGUUUCGCAAGUUGGUUGAGGAUAUCCAGAGUUGGUAUUGCAAGAUAAACAACGAAACUUUACCUGUAGGCGCUCCGGCUAUUGCUCAAUUCCCGGAAGAUCGCGUUUUAUACCGCGCUUAUAUUUCCGAAAUGAAGGGCUCCCAGUAUUACGUUCAUUUCGUCGACUUUGGAAACUUUUCAACCACGGAUAAGGUGUGGCCUAUAGAAAAGAAGUUUAUGUCGCUUCCCGCGCAGGGGCUGUACUGCUCGAUGAACGGUCUUACGCCUUUAGACGCAAGUGGCGCUUGGCCUCCGAGCGAAAGUCUAACCUCACAUUUUGACAAAGAAUCUUUCAUGUGCACUUUCGUUACAAGCGAAAACAAUGGUCACUACGUUGAUUUGGUUAAUGAUGGCCAGAGUGUAAACGAAGCUUUAGUACGGGAUGGUUUGGCAAAGUACGUAGAGGUUUUUGAUCCAUCAAUAUUGGUCGGACAGCAGAUAUCUGUUACCGUGGAUGACGUUCAAGGACUAGACACCUUUAACGUUUCAUUACCAAAUGGUAUUCAGGUACUUUGUACCGUGCACAACCUAGAGAGCGCGAGUCAAACAUUUGAGGAUACAUUGAAACAAUACAUUGGAUGUAUUGUGAUAAUGUAUGUUGAUAAUGUACUAGAAGAAAAAACUGAAGUAACAUUAUACGAUGCAAGUGGAGUUAAAAUUAUCAUAAUAGAACCAGAUGAAGGGGCAUAUCCAUCAAUCGAACCCCUAUGUCCAUUACCAGUUCUAAGCAGUACAGUGAGUGGAUGGGUUUCUUUCGUUGACGCAAACGAAAAGAAACUUUUCAUCCAACCAACUGAACAUUCUGACAGUGUAGCGGAUUUAUUGGACAGACUUUUUAACCAUUACGAUACGACCACUUUAGAAGAGCCCUUGGCACCUGAAGAGGGACAACAUUAUGCUGUUCAUUCGUCAGAUGCGAAUUGGUAUCGGGCGUUAAUCUCGAAGGUUGAUGGUGACAAUGUCACCGUGUUAUAUAUUGAUUAUGGAAAUUCUGAGACAGUUGCCACUACUGAAUUGCGUGAACUCGCUGACGAAUUCAAACAACUUCAUGUUUUGGCACUAGAGGUUACCUCCCCUAACAUUGAUGACUCUUUUGUCGAACAAGAAGUAAGUGCUACUGUUUGGUACGGGGAAUCCGGUUGGGAGGCCGAAAUUCAACUAAGUGGCGAAACUGUGGCUGCAGUUGAAGAAACCACGGCCGCAGAACAAGUGCAACCGGUCGAAUCUACAGAAGGCCAACUUGAGCAGGUUGCUCAACCGACCGAACAAGCAGGUGCAGUUGGCGUGCCGGUAUGUUUAAGCCACACUGACAGUCCGAGCGAAUUUUACCUUCAACUACUGGAAGCUACUGAAACAAUUGACAAUUUGCAAGCGACACUGCAGGAGGAAGUUGAGGGGUAUCCUGAUCUGGAAAACCCGGGCGCCGGUGUUUUGUGCGCCGCUCAGUACUCGGUGGAUCAGCAGUGGUAUAGGGCGCAAAUACUCGACGCGGAUGGUGAAAUAACCUCAAUUCGUUUCGUUGAUUAUGGCAACACCGACGCCAUCACGACCAAUGUGAAGACACUAUCUCCGGAUAUGUUAGCGCUUGAACAGUACGCGCGGCGCUGCAGUCUACUCGCGAAACCGCUGGAAGGGGAGGAAUGGAGCAGCAGCGCGUGUGAACGUUUCGAAGCUCUCACACAGAGCGAAGGGCUGUCUGUAGAAAUUAUCCACCAAGAUGAGAAGACCACGUAUGUGCAGUUAUACGCUGAUGGUCAAGAUGUAGCAAAAGCACUACUGCAGGAAGGUUUAGCAGCGAAGUUAGAGUUCGAAAUCGAAAGCAGCUGCACUGGGUAUGUGAGCCAUUUAAAUUCUCCAUCCGAGUUUUGGAUUCAGCUUGAAAACUCUGUCGCCGACUUGGAGUGGAUCGCCGAACAAUUAAUGACCGCUGCUAGUUUCGCAGAGCUGGAAGACCUGACGCCGGGUUCUUUGUGUGCCGCAUUGUAUACCGACGAUGAGAAUUGGUACCGAGCGAGAAUUUUAUCAAACACCAUUGCCGGAAUAGAGGUACUCUUCGUCGAUUAUGGCAACUCUUGUACCUGCACCGGUUUGAGGCAGUUACCCGAGGAUCUAAUAAUGUUAUCACCGUUAGCACAAAAGUGCAGCUUACAAAAACCACCUGGAAUUCUACAAUGGUCAUCGCAAGCAACCGAAGACUUCAAGACUAUUUCUGCAGAUGGCGUAACCAUUUUUAACAUUGAUAAACUGAGUACUGGUGAAACAUUGAUAGUUAAACUCAUUCUGAACGGUCAAGACGUCUCCGAACAGCUGUUACCUCAAACUGAAAGCGCAUAUAUAACCUACAUCAAUUCCAUACACGAUUUUUGGAUGCAGAAAGUUACCGAUAGUUCUAAAUCAGACGCGAUCGCCGAACAUCUCGCAAACGCGGCGGAAUUCCCCGCUUGUGAUACAGUAGCAGAAGGAGUUGUGGUUGCCGCUUUACAAGCCGAUGACGAAACUUGGUACCGAGCCCAAAUUUUAAACAUGAAGGACACUGAAUAUGAGGUUAUGUUCAUUGAUUAUGGUAAUACCUCGAGUACGAGCGAGAUUCGCGCCCUACCGGACGACAUGACUGAUCCACCUCUCGCAAUUAAGUGUAAGAUGGAAGCAUUACCAGGAUUUAGAUGGAUGGACGAGGAGGCUACUGAAAAAUUGAACGAAAUCUCUAAUGAAAGUUCAACCGUAUUUGAAACCGAAUUUGCAAAUGACAACAUUGUAAGACUGUACGUAAAUGGAUGCGACAUUCGAUCACAAAUGGAUACAGCAUGCAUUUCUUCUGUACAGUCGUCUCCCAAAAAAAUAGCAGCUAGUAAAAUUAAUGUAGAGGAUCACAUCGAAACUACUGAUUCUGACGUUCUCAAUUUCGAAAUUGAAAAUACUCAAAAUUCAGACAAACCAGAUACUGAUACAGAAACUCAUCAGCCCUUGGUGCGACGUUCUUCUACUCCUCAUUGUGAAAGAAUAGUUCCCGGCUCGAUUUGCAGGGGGGAUUUAACGGAAGUGGACAUUGAAGAUUCGGUUAAAGGAGCGGGUUCUCCGGAGAGUCGAUCUUCAACGCCGGAGUGCGAUAAAACUGUACUUAAUGAGGCUGUAGAUGAGUUAAAUGAUACCACACUGAGUAAUUCAGAACAUUUUUACUCGACGAUUGAAGACCCAGACAGUACGAAUGUAGAGGUUGAGGUACCGGUGACCGCAGAACCUAGUGAUAUAGUUCCUCAAGUUAGUGAAGUGGAAGGUGAUGGGCAAAUUGUGGAGCCUGAGGACACGACCAUAGUUUGUGAGCAAUCAAAGACUGAAGAUGUUGGUGAGGGAAAAAGCGCUGGGCAAAAUGGCUGUAGAGUAGAACAAAGUCCAAAGUCCUCCGAUGAAUCUGUUGAUAAUUUGAGCAUCAAUGACUCUAGUAAUACCUUGAGCGCAAAUGAAUCAAUUGACAAAUCAACUGACAAAUCAGAUGAUUCUAAAGAUGAAUCGAGCAUUGAUAAUUUGAACAUCAAUGACUCCACAACCGAAUCAAUUGAUAAACAGGAUGCGGAUGCUUCAACCGACAAAUCAGAUGAUUCUAAAGAUAAACUAGAUGAAUCGAGCAAUGUGUUGGAUAUCAAUGAAUCAAAGGUGGACACUGAUAAAUCUGCUGACAACGAACACAAUAUUGUGGAGAAUACCAAUGAUCCAUUGAAUACUGAUGAAUCAAAAGAUAAAUUGCAGUCUCCCGACCAGGUACAGACUAAAGUAGACAGUGAGGAAUCCGCUGAUAAAUUAGAUCUGCAUUCAAAAGAAAAGUUAGUCACUGAUGAAUCGGGUGAUAAAGUGAAAGACACAGUUGCAGAUAAAGCGAAGGAUAUUGAAAUUACUAGUUAGACUGUGGUGAUAUGGACUUUAAGCUUGGUAUAAAAAUAAAUCUAUACUAUGCAUAGUUUUUUUUACAUUUGUAGAAUUCCUUCAGUACUUUUCCAUGUUCAGUGAUGUUUUUUAUGUUUUUAAUAUUUAUGUUCAGUUGACUGUUAACAUUUCGUGUUACAUAGUUUUUUUCUUAAAAGAUAUUAUAAACACUAAUAAAUACAUUAAAUUUAUUUUUUAAUG